UCUGCGCAGACGCAGAUAGUGUGAACACUGCAGGCUUGUAGGCAUUAGCUGAUACUUUAGCAACACUCAAAAGACUUCUGUUGGGAAACGAGUUUUUAGUUUGGUUUCUACCAUGAAAGAUGUCAGCGGAUACCUCAAACAGCAGCAGAGCAGCAGCUCCACGCCAGAGAUGGCGGCGGAGUGGCACGCUUUGGAGGAAUUCUACAACAAAAGAUUGUGGCAUCAGCUGACGCUGAAGCUGACGGACUUUGUCAAAGAUCCCUUCUUCAAAACAGGGGACGGCCUCAUACAGCUCUAUGAAAAUUUCAUCAGUGACUUUGAACACAGAAUCAACCCCUUGUCUCUGGUUGAGAUCAUCCUCUAUGUUGCCAGACAGAUGUCAGAUCCAAAAGAUGCCAUCACUUUUCUGGAGAAAACCAAAGAGAAGGUGAAAAGCAGCGACGAAGCCGUCAUCCUUUGCAAGACGUCCAUCGGGAGCCUGAAGCUGGAAAUCAGCGAUCUUCCUGCCACCAAGAAACUCAUCGAGGAGGUGGAGGAGAUGUUGAAUAACCUGCCGGGGGUGACGUCGGUCCACGGACGCUUCUACGACCUCUCCAGCAAGUAUUACCGCAUCAUCGGGAACCACGCCUCCUACUACAAGGACGCGCUGCGCUACCUGGGAUGUGUGGACAUCAAAGACCUUCCAGAAACGGAGAAGCAGGAAAGAGCCUUCACACUCGGACUGGCCGGACUCCUCGGGGAGGGAGUUUACAACUUCGGAGAGCUGCUGAUGCAUCCUGUGCUGGAGUCCCUGAGGAACACAGACAAACAGUGGCUCAUCGACACGUUAUACGCCUUCAAUGCUGGGAAUGUGGAGAAGUUCCAGGGCUUCAAGUCUGCCUGGGGGCAGCAGCCGGACCUGGCGACUCAUGAGCCGAAGCUGAUGCAGAAGAUCCAGCUGCUGUGCGUCAUGGAGAUGACGUUCACGCGACCCGCCAACCACCGGCAGCUCACCUUCACAGAGAUCGCUCAGAGCGCCAAGAUCCCCGUUAACGAGGUGGAGCUGCUGGUGAUGAAGGCGCUGUCUGUGGGCCUGAUCAAAGGGAACAUCGACGAGGUGGACCAGAAGGUGCAGAUGACCUGGGUGCAGCCCAGAGUGCUGGACCUGCAGCAGAUUAAAGGCAUGAAGGACCGUUUGGACUCGUGGUGCGGCGACGUUAAGAACAUGACCGUGCUGGUGGAGCAGCAGGCGCACGACAUCCUCACCUGAGCAGGUGUCUCCGUCAGUCCGCAGAGGGGCGGAAUCCCUCCAUCAUUUCUGUUGUUUUUUUUUUUGUCCAUUUUUCUUUUUUUUACUGGCUGUUCUUCCUUCUGUUGCCCUCGUUGUUUAUAUCGGUCUGUAAAUUACACUGUUUUACAAGCAGUUGUGACAUCAUCCUCAGAAAACGACCCAGACGCUGUAAAAAUAAUACUAAUAAAACCUCUUUGUAAAAACGA